ACUCACUAAACUAAACAUCAUUAUUCAUCUUCUAUCUCCAUUUUCAAAAAAAAAUUACAUUAUUUUUUCUGAAAUGGAUUUUUUUAACAGAUGUUCAACUUCAUCUUCUUCUUCCGAAUCAUCUUCAUCAGAAUCUUCGCUUUCUGGUAAAAACCCUAAUAAAUCUGAAAGAAUAAAGGGGCCAUGGAGCGCUGAAGAAGAUAAGAUUUUAACGAAACUUGUUGAGCGUUACGGAGCUCGGAAUUGGUCUUUGAUUAGUAAAUACAUAAAAGGUAGGUCCGGAAAAUCCUGCCGGCUCCGGUGGUGUAAUCAGUUAAGUCCUAAUGUUGAACACCGGCCAUUUUCUCCGGCGGAGGAUGAAGCUAUUUUAGCUGCUCAUGCUAAAUAUGGGAACCGAUGGGCAACCAUUGCCCGAUUACUUCCGGGUCGGACUGAUAAUGCGGUUAAAAAUCACUGGAAUUCGACAUUAAAGAGGCGUUAUCAGCAAUUAAUUCAGCAGCAAAAUCAGAACCCGAUUGGGUUUUCUGAUGUGAAAAUUAAUGGGUCAGGAUCCGGAUCUGGAUUCGGGUCGUGUAUGGAGUAUUUAAAUGCUGAUGAGAGUCCAAAAGGCAAUAGCAAUAAUAAUAAUAAUAAUUACGCUGUUACGAAUAAUUGUAGCGGUGAAUUUGAUGAUCCGAUGACGACUUUGUCACUUGCGCCGCCGGGAAUGGGCGGAGAUGAGUUGCCGGAGAAGAAAACGGAGAGUUUUCCGGAGGGAUUUUGGGAUGUGAUGAGAGGUGUUAUUGCUAGAGAAGUGAGAGAAUAUGUUGCUUCUACGGGGUUUCCUAAUUGAAAAACAAAAAGAAAAAAAAUGUUUAUUAUAUUAAUUUGUCAAUUUUAAAGUUGGGCUUUUAAGCUUUGAUAAUCACUUUUGAUUGUUGAUAAGUAUGCUUAUAAAUUGAUUAAUAACAUGUUAAAUAUGUAUUGGAAGCUUA